AUGUAUGAUAUUAGCUCUCUUAAAGUCUUUGGUUGUUUAUGCUUUGCUCAAACUUUGUCUGCAAAAAGGUCCAAGUUUGAUCCUCGGGCACGUGCUAGCAUCUUUCUUGGCCUAAACUCUCACACCAAAGGGUACGUUAUAUUUGAUCUAAAGAAACAUGACAUCAUCAUUUCACGAAAUGUUGUUUUUCAUGAAGAUGUUUUCCCUAGUUGUCAUAACAUAGAUAAUGAAUCCACUGAACAAGUUUGCUUACCCACUCCUCAUAAUUGCAGCAUUCAAUUUGAUUAUAAUGAUACUGUAACGCAUGAUGAAACGCUUGAUGACAACAAUAUUCCAUGCAAUAAUGAUAUAGAUACACAAGAUAAUGCCAUUAAUAAUGAUAAUGUGAGAAGAAGUAAGAGAGCCACAAAGAUGCCUACACAUCUCCAAGAUUAUUACGUAAAUAACACUGACACUGCUAGGAAAAGUAAAUAUUAUAUACAAUCUUUUCUUUCUUUGUCUCGGUUGUCUUCCUCUUUUCAGCAUACAAUUAUGAACAUUGAUGGUGGCAUUGAACCCAAAAACCAUAAUGAAGCUGCAAAAGAAUCUAGCUGGCAGAAGGCUAUGAAAGAUAAACUUUUAGCUUUGGAACAGAACCACACAUGGACGCUAACUAAUCUUCCGCUCGGCACCAACACAAUAGGCUGUAAAUGGGUUUAUAAGGUGAAGCACAAAGCAGAUGGAUCUAUUUAG